AUGAUGCUGUCAGCAGACAUUUCACAGUUAUCGACAAUUUGUUGUGUCAAUGAUGUAAGAAAUAUCCUGCAGAUGUUAGGUUUACCACAACCAGUUGAACUACAGAUGUUGAUGAUGCCUAGGAUUCUGCGUAAUCCCGUCAACCAGAUUCGUUACUCAGAUGUCAUUUUUUAUGCAGCUUGUGCACUAGAUUCUACAACUGUGACUUCUUUCGAGGCGAGUUCCGGACUAGACAGAUAUGACUUUUUUCUUGGAGGAGCUUGUAAUCCCACUACUUGGAGGAAAGAAGUGGCUAUUCCGAUUCUCGACCGUCUUGGCCUCACAUAUUAUAAUCCGCAGGUAGAUGACUGGUCGCCUGAACUCAUGGAACUGGAAAGAAAGGCAAAAUCAGUGUCGGACAUACUAUUGUUUGUUUUUGAGAACUGGAGAACGAGAGGAUUGGUCAGUCUUUUGGAAGCUACAUACCUUGCUUCUCAAAAAAAGCCACUAGUUUUAUGUAUAUCUAAAGUGGAAUGCACCGAUUUUCCUUCAGCAGCUGGUGAAAAUAUUUCCAAAUUGGAAUAUCACUUCUUAGAAGAGGCUAUGAAUUGUUUUAUUCAAUUGAUUAAGCGUCUCAAGAUACCAUGUUUUUCAGAAGUCGAAACUGCUGUAAAUUAUGCAGUACAUAAUAGUCAUUUAAGGCUUAAAUUUGCGGAAACCAUAACAAAUAAGGACAAGGAAUUAAUGAAUAAAAUACUAUUUAUAUCUAACGUAUUUCACGAAAUAAUCCGACGAGCUCCCAAGUCAGCUGAUAGUCAGGUCGUGUAUGAUCAAGUUCGUCAAGGAUUCAAGUCAUUAAAUGUUGAUCUAACCAGUGAUAGGAGUUUUAUUACUUAUUGGGAUAAGGUUAGUCGUUUUGACUUAUUAUCUUCAUUGUAUGCUGAGCAUAUACUGAAACAAAGUUCUCCAUCAUUAUUGGUUAUCUUAAAAAAAUAUCUUUCCAUUAAGCUGCUGAGUAAUCGGGAUAAAUGUGAAUGCCUUGUAGGCGAACAAUUGGUGAAUUUAUUUGAAGGAACUCAAUCGUAUUCUGAAUUAAUGGAAUCUCCACUAAGCAAACAACCACUUGAUUCUUCAUCUCAGCUCAAUCCCUGCUUUCUUAGCGAUUCAAAUUAUGUUUCGAUUAAUUCCAAUAUUCAAACACUAUCUACAUCUCAUUGUUCAUCAUUACCGUUGUCAAAAUCAAAUAAUUCUAUGCAUUUGAACAAGAUUCAACCUUCUAAAAAUGUAACAUUUGAUAUUUAUAUUGCUGGAAUAUUGAAUAAGAAUAAAUUCAGUCAAUGUUUAUUAGAUAAUAUUAUUUUGCCUAAAUUAAUUCAUUCGAAUUUAUCAUAUUAUCAAGCUGUACAAAAUAAUUUUCAUGAAUCAUUUGAAAGUAAUAAGAAUUUGUCAACAUUUUGUGAAGAUUUAGAAAUUGAACAGUUAGAAAUUCGUAAAAAUUGUCGGCUUUUAUUGUAUAUAAUUGAUAAUAGUUCUUUUCAUUUAAUUACUCUAAUAGAGGCAGCCUAUUCUAUAGGAUGUCAUUUACCUGUAGUUCUUUUCAUACAAAUGUUUAAUUCUUCUAAUGAAACACAAGUUAAUAGUUGUAAUAUUUCUCAUGAGAAAUAUGAACCUAAUUCAAUUCAACAAUUAAUAUACGAUGACUGUAAAGUACAACAAUUUUCUAUUAAUAAUUUUGUUAAUAUUAGCAUGAAGAAGAAUACUCAUAGCAGUGAUGUUUCCAGUGAUUUCACUGGAAUAAAUUCUUCUCUUUCCAAUGAACAAUUAUCAAUGAAAUCUAAUUCUUUGGAUUAUGGCAUUGUAAUUGAUUCACAUCAUUCUGUUCAACAUUCUACCAAUAAUUUUAAUUUUUUAAGGGAUAACAAUAAAUCUAUCAAUUCACAACUACAUGAUAAUAAUAA